AUGUCCCUCCCUCAUCUUGAUGUCUAUCUCGAAAGCUACCAACUAGCCCUCAUCGACGACUCUAAUCCAAAAAAAGGUCGAUGUAUUGUUGCUCUCGAACCACUCUCCAGGGGCUCGAUCAUCACGACAUCCCAACCGUUAGCAACUGUAACAUUACAAGCCAAUCGCAAUGAAUUCUGCAACUACUGCUUCAAAAAACCCCAGGCAAUGUCACCAAAGGUCAUGCCACUGCAACGCUGCACUCAGUGCCGGGCGGCCUACUUUUGUAACGUCAGUUGCUUUAAAAACGCCUGGUUAGGAUACCAUCAGUUUGUAUGCAAGGCCUCGUCUACUUCUGCUAGUAAUAAGGCCGCAUCUUCAGAAGACCCUGAUACCCUUGACGCAGAAAUGCUCGAACGUGUGGCUCUUAAUGUCGGGAGAUACAAUCAGAAAGAAAAAAACGACAGGGAUGCAUUUGGGGAGGAAGGCGAACGACAAGAAGAGACCGUAGACGUGACAAUGGAGGCAUUUCUGAGUCUGAUGGGGCAUGUGGAAGACCAGCCGAAGAAUGUCCUCAACCGUUACAAACGAAUUGCCGACGGAGUGCUCAAGAAACCAUAUAUUGCCUCGCUCGGUCUGUCACAGCAACAGCUGGUCGAGUUCCUGUGUUGGUUCCAGUGCAACAACUUUUCAAUCCAGGACAACCAGAUGUUUACUAUUGGCGAAGGUACCUAUCCAGUCGCCAGUCUGUUCAACCACUCGUGUAGACCCAAUGCAGUUGCAAUGUUUGACGGAGCCCUGUUAAAUAUCAGGGCUAUUGUCGAUAUCCCUAGUGGUGAAGAAGUGACGAUCGCCUACAUUGAUGCGGCCCACUCGCGCACUGUCCGUCAAAAGACCUUGCGUGAGAAAUACUUCUUUAACUGUGACUGUGUCCGCUGCACAGACAAUACGUUUUUUGGACAGAUUGAUACUAUGCUUGGAGAAGAAGAAACAGACUGGGAUCGAGCUCAGAGGGUCCUCGAUCCAUCAAACACCAAAGAUAAUCUGAGGCAGGAGAUUGCGAAACAAGUAGAGGGUGAUUCCUGGGAUUUGUUGGAGAUGUGCCGUAUAUAUGACCGCAAGAGUAAUUGUGUGCCCAAACCAUCCAAACCUCUCACAUUGUCGACAUAUGCCCACUGCUUUGUUCAGUUCUUCUCGCCAUAUCUUUGGUCGUCUCACAACCCCAGACUUUUGAUCACAUCGCCUUCUCUGCACAACUACAGAGCACAGGUCGAUCGUCUAGAGGACCCUCAGCCGCCUGCUGCCCGUCCUCCUGUGCGUGAUACAGCCGACGAGAUCCUCAGCACAUCUAUUUCGCUUGCACUUUCGUACCCGACUUAUCCAGGGGCGCUGAUACCAUAUCGGCUGUCGACCCUGGCUGCUGCCACAAGCUAUUUUUAUGAUAUGAUGGCGGAUGGCCAUUGGGAAAACUCUGUUAAGAUCGGCAUGUAUAUAGCGAUCCAGUAUUGUUUCAUAUAUCCACAAUACCACCCAAUUAUGGCCCAGCACCUGCUGAUGUUGGCAAAAGCAUCCUGGAACUCGAUUGUCCAAUUAGAGCUCCUUCAUCACGGCCGAGCACUCGACAAGCUCUAUGACAAUGGCUUUAGACGUUGGAUCGCCCUCUCUAAAGAAACCAUUCAAUCGACCUUUGGCAAACAAUCUGACCAGUGGAGAGAAGUUCUUGAAUUGGAGUGGAUUUUUAUGCGCGAACAAAAAUUGAAAUAAACGCAGCCCGAAUAACAAAUGUACAAUAAAGAAUAAAACCCUAAUACCAUCUAACUUUU